CACACUCUCCACAUCUGCAAAACUUCACGUGCUCCUUCCUGCUUCAUAUCUGCCCUCCCUCCAAUUUUAUCUCUUUAAGUUGUUGGUUUCUGAAUUCUGAUUCUGCAAACCUUAUCCAAUUUCUGCUUCGGAGUCUUUGACCAUUAAGAGAUAACUAUCAACAACUAUCAAAAAGCAGUAGUUAUAAUCUGUUCGUUAGUUGACAAGGCUGAAAGCAGCUUUUGUAACAUACCAGCUUUAGCUUCAGUUCACUAAUUAACGACUAUGGAGAACAAGAAGAAAGUGGGAAGUGGUGCAAGCCAUGGCUCUUCUUCUUCUUCGUCAUCAUCAAGGAGUCUGGAUCAUCUCUUUGGUCCCAAGGACUCGUCAUCUUCUUCAUCAUCCCCUUCCGGAUUCUUUGGCUCCAUUUUCCCACCCGUCCCCUCAACGGGAGUUGGGAAGGAGAGAAGGCAGGACUUUGGAGAUCAAGCUGGUAAGUACGGGAGUCCAAGUUUUUUGGAUAAUAAGGGUGAAAACAAAACCAUUAAAGCUUCCAAUAUGUAUCAAAACGAAGCUGCGGAUCCAUGCAAUCUCAGUUCAUCAAUCUACUAUGGCGGCCAAGAAAAUUAUAGUCCAAGAACUGGGACAACUGAAUCCCAUCAGCAGCAUACUUCUAAGAAAGAUGGCGGUGAGGACGAUGCAAAUGGGAAUAAUGCAAACAGUGCUUCGAGAGGAAACUGGUGGCAGGGUUCACUUUAUUACUAACUGUUUGCUCUGGCCACCUAUUAGCAGGUAAAACACUAAUAUCUUCUAUGUAAGAUAAAACAAAUAAAGAUGGUGUUAUAUAUAGUACGUAUAUAGCAUGGCAGAUACAGCUAGCAGAGCAGCCAGGACUAAUCCAGAAACUUGGCUUGUUGGGUUCUUUUUAUCCCAGUUAGUCAAGUAGGCCAAGUUUAACUAUUUAUGGAUAUGAGCUUCUGAUCUCAUCUUUGAUGUACUUUGUUUUGUAAGAACUUUCCAUUUACUAAUUAACUAGCCCCUUGUGCUUUUUUGAA